AUGGAGGACCUCUUUCGGGAUACAGUUGCUGGACAAAUAUUGCGGCUCGUUACAGGAAAUAGGAUUCUCCAAUAUCCCGAGGAGCGAGAUCCGUCGCUAUGGCAGAGAUACCUCAACGUCGAGAAAUCGGCCAACAUGGCUGUCCAUGGCAGCACGGUCACACCUGAACCAGAGAAAGAACUUCCCAGUGCGUCUUCGUCGGAUCCACCUACACCUCCCACAGAAGAAGAACAGCAACAAGGUGUGCCAUCAAAUCGCGAUCGGAGCAUACCCUCAGAAGAAGCGAAGGAACAAUUAGAUCUGCCGUCCGCCGCUCAGGACGCUGAUUCCAAUCAUCGGGGACCCUCUCGCCGCUCUUCAGGCUCCGCUGCAACAGCCAACGAGUUCGAAAAUGUCCUGGUCAACACCGUUAGUGGCACAAGAAUUGAUCCUGAAAAGGGCCGAGAUGCACACAUUGUGGAUUGGUACGGUCCCGAUGAUUCGGAGAAUCCCCGAAACUGGGGGAGUGUCAAGAAGGUAUGGGUUACCUUUGAGAUCUGCCUGUUGACCUUUUCCGUUUAUAUUGGGUCUUCGAUCUAUACCGCUGGUAUCCUGGACGUGAGCAACGAGUUCGGAGUCAGUCGUGUCGCCGCCACGCUAGGGCUCACUCUGUUCGUACUGGGAUAUGGAGUUGGUCCAAUGUUCCUAAGCCCUUUAUCGGAGCUACCACAGACUGGAAGAGGCCCGAUUUAUAUCGGUACUCUCGCACUCUUUGUCAUCCUGCAGGUUCCGACAGCGUUGGCAACCAACUUUGGCAUGCUAAUGGCGUUCCGUUUCAUCACGGGCUUUGUGGGUUCUCCACCCCUCGCUACUGGAGGCGCCACGAUUGGGGACAUGUAUUCUCCAGCAAAGAGAACAUAUGGCAUGGCUGUAUGGGGCAUUGGAGCCGUGUGUGGACCCACCAUGGGCCCACUCGUCGGCGGCUUCGCGGCAGAAUCCAAAGGAUGGACCUGGACGAUUUGGGAGCUCAUGUGGCUCUCCGGGUUCACUCUGGUCCUCUUGAUAUUUCUGAUGCCCGAGACGUCUUCGUCCAACAUCCUCUACCGACGCACGAUGCGCCUCCGCAAAUUGACAGGCAACCCGAAACUCAUGUGCGAGCCGCAACUGAUCGGCGAACAAAUGACGCCGAGGGAGAUCGCCAUGAUGACCCUCGUCCGGCCGUUCCUCCUGUGUUUCACUGAGCCGAUGGUGUUCCUGCUGAACAUGUACAUCGCGCUCAUCUACGGCCUGCUGUACAUCUGGUUCGAGAGUUUCCCCAUCGUCUUCAGCGGCAUCUACGGCUUCAGCCUGGGUCUCGAGGGCACGGCGUUCCUGGGCAUCCUGAUUGGCGUCCUGCUCACGCUCCCGCCCUUCAUCUGGUACCAGCGGAAAUACAUCGAGCCCAAGUUCAACGACAAGGGCGACCUGCAGCCCGAGUGGCGCCUCCCACCAUCCUUCGUCGGCGCCUUCGCCAUCCCCAUCUGCCUGUUCUGGUUUGGCUGGUCCGCCCGCCCGGACAUCCACUGGAUCGUGCCCAUCAUCGGCACCGCCUGGUUCUCUAUCGGCGCCUUCCUCCUCUUCAACUCCGUCCUGAAUUACCUGGCCGACGCGUACCCGGCGUACGCCGCCAGCGUCUUGGCGGGAAAUGACUUCUUCCGGUCAACCUUUGGCGCCGGCUUCCCCCUCUUCGCCUCGGCCAUGUACAAGAACCUGGGCGUCGGCUGGGCCAGUUCGACCCUGGGAUUUCUCGCCAUUGCGUUUAUUCCGAUCCCUUUCUUCUUGUUCAAGGUGAGUUUUGUUCCUUCCGCCCCUGAAGCCUAG